AUGUCCCUCCACUGGGGAUCCUCCACGGAUGUCCCUCCAGUGGGGACCCUCCGCGGAUGUCCCUCCAUUGGGGACCCUCCGCGAUGUCCCUCCACCGGGGACCCUCCGCGGAUGUCCCUCCAGUGGGGACCCUCCGCGAUGUCCCUCCACCGGGGACCCUCCACGGAUGUCCCUCCAGUGGGGACCCUCCGUGGAUGUCCCUCCAGUGGGGACCCUCCGCGAUGUCCCUCCACCGGGGACCCUCCGCGGAUGUCCCUCCAGUGGGGACCCUCCGCGAUGUCCCUCCACCGGGGACCCUCCAUGGAUGUCCCUCCACCGGGGACCCUCCGCGGAUGUCCCUCCAGUGGGGACCCUCCGCGAUGUCCCUCCACCGGGGACCCUCCACGGAUGUCCCUCCACCGGGGACCCUCUGCGAAUGUCCCUCCAGUGGGGACCCUCCGCGAUGUCCCUCCACCGGGGACCCUCCACGGAUGUCCCUCCAGUGGGGACCCUCCGUGGAUGUCCCUCCAGUGGGGACCCUCCGCGAUGUCCCUCCAUUGGGGACCCUCCGCGAUGUCCCUCCACCGGGGACCCUCUGCGGAUGUCCCUCCAGUGGGGACCCUCCGCGAUGUCCCUCCACUGGGGACCCUCCACGGAUGUCCCUCCAGUGGGGACCCUCCGUGGAUGUCCCUCCAGUGGGGACCCUCCACGGAUGUCCCUCCAGUGGGGACCCUCCACGGAUGUCCCUCCAGUGGGGACCCAAUGUGGGUGUCCCUCCAGUGGGGACCCUCCGCUGAUGUCCCUCCACCGGGUAUCCUCGGCGAUGUCCCUCCACCGGGGACCCUCCGCGAUGUCCCUCCAUUGGGGACCCUCCGCGAUGUCCCUCCACCGGGGACCCUCUGCGGAUGUCCCUCCAGUGGGGACCCUCCGCGAUGUCCCUCCACCGGGGACCCUCCACGGAUGUCCCUCCAGUGGGGACCCAAUGUGGAUGUCCCUCUAGUGGGGACCCUCCGUGAUGUCCCUCCAGUGGGGACCCUCCGCGAUGUCCCUCCACCGGGGACCCUCCACGGAUGUCCCUCCAGUGGGGACCCUCCGUGGAUGUCCCUCCAGUGGGGACCCUCCGCGAUGUCCCUCCACCGGGAACCCUCCGCGGAUGUCCCUCCAUUGGGGACCCUCCCCGAUGUCCCUCCACCGGGGACCCUCCGGGAUGUCCCUCCACCGGGAACCCUCCGCGAUGUCCCUCCACCAGGAACCCUCCGCCAGCGCCUGUGCCCCGAGGCCCCUCCGCGGAUGCCGGCCCAGUGGGGCCGCGUGCUUGGCCCACGCGGCUUCUCCCCCAGCCUUCCCCCAUCCCGCACCCCCCUUCCUCCCGCCGCCUCCCAACCACAGGCCCUGGGAUUACAAUCACCCUAUUUGUCUGUAUUAUGUACCUGUUAA